CCCCGCAGGCUGCUCGGCAGAAUGGCCACGGAGGAGCGGCACCUCUCCUCCAGCUGUGGGUCCUUCAUCAAGACCGAGCCCUCCAGCCCGUCUUCUGGCAUCGACGCCAUCAGCCACCACAGCCCGAGUGGCUCCUCCGAUGCUAGCGGUGGCUAUGGCAUCGCCAUGGGUGGCCACCCCAAUGGCCUAGACUCACCCCCCAUGUUCAAUGGCACGGGGAUUGGUGGUGGGUCCUGCCGUAAGCGUUACGACGACUGUGCCAGCGCCAUCAUGGAGGACUCACCCACCAAGUGCGAGUACAUGCUCAAUGCAAUCCCCAAGCGGCUGUGCCUGGUGUGUGGGGACAUUGCUUCUGGGUACCACUACGGCGUGGCUUCCUGUGAGGCAUGCAAAGCCUUCUUCAAGAGGACUAUUCAAGGGAAUAUUGAAUACAGCUGCCCGGCUACCAAUGAAUGUGAGAUCACGAAACGGAGGCGCAAGUCCUGUCAGGCCUGUCGCUUCAUGAAAUGCCUCAAAGUGGGGAUGCUAAAAGAAGGUGUUCGUCUGGAUCGAGUCCGUGGAGGCCGACAGAAAUACAAGAGGAGACUGGAUUCUGAGAGCAGCACUUACCUGAGCUUACAGAUCCCUCCCCCGGCUAAAAAGCCAUUGACUAAGAUCGUCUCCCACUUGCUGGUGGCUGAGCCAGAGAAGAUUUAUGCCAUGCCUGAUCCAACCAUGCCGGAGAGUGACAUCAAAGCCCUGACAACCCUCUGUGACCUGGCAGACAGGGAACUGGUGGUGAUCAUUGGCUGGGCAAAGCACAUCCCAGGGUUCUCCAACCUCUCCCUCGGGGACCAGAUGAGCCUUCUUCAGAGUGCCUGGAUGGAAAUUCUCAUCCUGGGCAUUGUGUACCGCUCCCUGCCAUAUGAGGACAAGCUGGUCUAUGCUGAGGACUACAUAAUGGAUGAAGAGCACUCUCGUCUGACAGGGCUGCUGGAGCUCUACCUGGCCAUUCUUCAACUGGUGCGCCGCUAUAAGAAGCUCAAGGUGGAAAAGGAGGAGUUUGUCACACUCAAAGCUCUGGCCCUUGCCAACUCAGACUCCAUGCACAUAGAGGACAUGGAUGCAGUGCAGAAACUCCAGGACCUUCUCCACGAAGCCCUGCAGGACUACGAGCUGAGUCAGCGCAAUGAGGAGCCCCGGCGAGCAGGCAAGCUGCUCCUGACCUUGCCCCUCCUGCGGCAGACGGCUGCCAAAGCUGUGCAGCACUUCUACAGCAUUAAACUGCAGGGCAAGGUUCCCAUGCAUAAACUCUUCCUAGAAAUGCUAGAGGCAAAGGUCUGACAGCCCCAGCGCCAGCCGACAGUGGCCGGGGAACAAACUAGAAACAAAGAUGCAGACAACGGAGUAAUCCAAACAGCAGCAGCAGCCACCGCCGGCUUUUAUCUCCAAUCAUUUAUUAUGGAAGAAUUAUUUAAUGUCU